AUUCAUAUCAGCCUGGAUUUCAAGAGCGAGUAUACAAUUUAAUUCAGUUCACACAGUUCAUUUCAGUAUUAGCACAAACGCAAUGCAUUCAACAGUUAUUUUUGUGCUCCUCGCUAUUGUCGUUGGCACCAGCCGCGCCAUGCCGCCUUCCGGGCGCAUUUUGGGCGGCGAGGAUGCUGUGUCUGGUCAGUUUACUUUCGCCGCUUCAGUGCGUGUGGAUCACACGCAUAUUUGUGGUGGCAGCAUUAUAGGCAAGCAGCAGAUAUUAACUGCAGCGCACUGCGUCGUCGAUGACAACAACAAAGUUGUCUCAAGUGAUAAAGUCUCUGUGCGUGUUGGCAGCAUCAAUCAGUUUGCCGGCGGUAAGAUCGUUUCUGUCUCCGCCAUUACGGUACAUCCCUCCUACGAAUACAUUCUUAAUGAUGUUGCUGUGUUGACGCUACAGAGUGAGCUUGAAGUGAGCGAUAAACUCUCUAUAAUUGAGCUGGCGAGUAGUGCUGCGCAGCAACCAGCGGUUGGCACCAAUGUCACAGUUGCCGGCUGGGGUGAGCAAUCAUCUGGUGCCACACCCUAUAAAUUGCAAUCGACGACUUUCACUGUGGCCAGCGAUGCGGUGUGCACCAAUGGCUAUGCCAAUCAUGACGAGACGACAUUCUGCCUGGCGCAUAGCCUCAAGCAGGGCAGCUGCACUGGUGAUGCCGGAAAUGGCGCUGUCUACAAUGAUGUUUUGGUUGGCAUCAGCAGUUUUGUAGUGGGCGCUUGCGGAUCGCGUUAUCCAGAUGUAUUUGUGAAUGUCACACACUUUGCGUCAUGGAUUGAGAGCCAAUUUUGAGUUGGAGAAGUGGAAGUGGAAAAUAAAGAGCAAGUUGAUCAUGGAGUAAAUGUUUUUUUUUUAAUAAAUUAUUACGGCAUAAGGAAAAAUUUCAAUAAAGGUGGUAGGGUUGUCGAAUAAAUUGGGCAAGCUUUUUGAAUAAAUGUAUAAACAAGGUGGCGCAAAAUGAAUCGCCCAGUUCUGUUUUAACUUCUUUACUAAACAAAAUAAAAACAAAGACUUUGAGUGUGAGAUUUUGAGUUAAAUAUGAUUGACGCCACCUUGUAUAUAUACUGAAUCAUUAAAUUUUGCUUUAAUUUUUUUAAUAAACAAAAAAAAUGACUUUGAGUGUGAGAUUUUGAGUUAAAUAUGAUUGACGCCACCUUGUAUAUAUACUGAAUCAUUAAAUUUUGCUUUAAUUUUUUUACUAAACAAAAAAAUGUUUUGAGUGUGAGAUUUUGAGUUAAAUAUGAUUGACGCCACCUUGUAAAUGUAAUUAAUCAUUAAAUUUUGUUUUAACUUUACUGCUAAACAAAUA